ACUAGUUUAAUAGAGUACCUAAAUUAUUUUCAGCAGUGUUAACUUUUGUGUAGUACCUGUCAUAACAUACCCCGGUAAACAGUCACGGUGUCGAGAGUUUUUAAAUUUAUUGGAUCAAGUUGCAUAAUAAUGAAGUGUAGAUGUUCAAUAUCUUUAAAUAUUUAAAACCAACCUGAAUCGUGAUGUCUGUAAUCGUGUUGAUAUGCACAAUAAUAUUAAUAGUGGCAAAAGUCGACUGUAGAACGAAAACUGCGACGCCCUCGAUACACAGCAGCCGCGUGGUGUCAACCGCAGAAGGUUUGACUAGUUCUUGCGCCGUAGUCGAAGAAGGUGUUCCUGGGUGCCAAGAUCCAGGGGAGGCUAACACGUUCACGACGCGAACGCCGUACCUGCAGGAUAACUGGUUCAAUGGGGCUCGGGACGACGACCGGAAGUCCUCGACGGAGGGCGGUAGUCGUCCCUUAGGCUGGUGGUGGCGUUUCAUCGGAGGACUGAAGCGGAAUCUCGAGAAAAAGGCAUCGCCGACGACGACGACCGCGGUUCGGAGCGACGCUUCCCAGCUACCGGAAACAAUUGUCACGUACUCGAUUAAGGGUUGCAGCCCCACGAUAGUGCCGUUCGAUUUGUCGCCUUGCAGCAACUUAUCACCGGAUGUACCGCAGCCUGUCAGCACCACCCGGGUAAUCUACUACGUGCCGCCGUCGUCGGGGAUCGACAGAUACAGCCCACCCGACUUUGACCAAUGAGUGAUGUGUGCCAUUGCAGCCUGCAGGCAUAAUAUUAUGAUGACCUACCUAAUAAUAUUUAAUUUACUACUAUUAAAUAUACUAUACUUUGUCUCAGAAGAGAAUAAUCAGACGGCCGACCAAUGGACAUCCAUCUCCUACCAACAUAUCGGUGUUAGCGUGAGCACGUGGUUCUCAAAGUGCCAAACGCAUCAUUCACUAAGUGAUUGUUCUCUUUUCAGACAUAGUAUAAUAUAGUACAUUAGUACAAUACCUAUAGUAUUACACCUCACUAUAUGCAGUGUUAACACACUAUUAUUAUUUGAUGACACUAAAAUAUUUUAUUUUGUUGCGAAUAUAAUAUGCAAUAUUGAAUGAUA